UUAAGGUUAUUUGUGUUAGGGUUGGUUGAGGUUAUCCCUAUCUCUAUCCUUAGCCUAAGUGCAUUGAAAUAAAAUAGUGGCGAACAUAUCCAAUUGCUGCUCUGGACUCGUUGCUGUAGGCCUAUAUCACAGCUACUCAUUUUCACAUCAAGUUGCUGAACACAUCAUAUCAGAGUAUAAAGACGUACCUAAUUUCUAUCUACUGGAAUUGCAGUUUUGAAUAACUGAGAAGCAUCAUAAGAUGGCGUCUCCUAGCACGGAUAUAAUACAGCCUUGUCCAGACACCAGCAUCAUCUCUGAUCCCCUGUGUGGUACUGAGAACACUGAUGCAGUGGACAUGACGAGGGAUGAUAAAGUAGAUAUUAAGCAACAAACAGGUGAUAGCUCUUCAAACUUCCCUAAGGAUGGAGAAUCUGUUGCCAUGGAGACUACAAAUCCCUACAGCUACACACAGAGAAAGGAGUUUACGUCAGAGAUCUACAAAGUUGAAAUUGAAAAUCUUCCAAGAAAUUAUGGAUUUGCUCAACUGAAGAAGAGGUUGUCCACGGCACUCAAGCUGAAUCCACACAAAAUCAAGGCGAUGCCAAAGACAAACUUUGCCUUUGUUACAUUUAAAAAUGCAGAAGAUCGGGAUGCGGCCUUGACAGGGAUAGAAGGUCAUGUGUGGAAGGGCAAGGUCCUCCGUGUCAGGAAAGCCCAGCCAGCAGCUGAUCCUCUCCUGAAGAAAAGGAAGUUGCAAGAAGAGCAGCAGGGAGGCAAGAGGCCACGAGUGGAGGAGGAGGAUGACACGCCCUCUAGUGUCAGACUCCUCAAGUGUGUUGCCCCCUACUGGGGAGUUCCUUAUGAAGAACAGCUGAAGAGGAAGCAAGCAGAUAUUGUAGAUGUCCUGAAGUGGAUGGGCAAAAAUGGAGAGCCUGGAGAUUUCUUCAAAAAACAGAGGAAAGAGAACGACGGCAUGUGCUGUAAACUGUUUCCAGUCAAACCAUCGCCACUGCUCCUGGGCUACAGGAACAAGUCGGAGUUCUCUAUUGGGAAGGGUGUCAAUGAUGAAGAUGCCAUUGUUGGAUUCCGGUUCGGGCUGUACAAGGACGGACAUUGCAAUGUGGGACCUCCUGAUGACAUUCCCAUCAUCCCCGACUCCAUGAAGAAAGUUGUGCAGAACUUUCAGCACUACCUGACCACUAGCCAGUACUCUGUGUUCAACCCCGAGAACCACUCCGGCCACUGGCACCAGCUGACCGUCCGAACAACCACAGGACAGGAUGUCAUGGCCAUUGCCGAGUUCCAUCCCCAGCAACUCACCAAGGAGGAGUUGGAGGCAGAGAAGGAGUCAAUACGAGUGUACUUCACUGAGGGAAAGGGGAGAGACUCAGGUGUGACAUCUAUGUACUUCCAUCAGAGCAGAGCCAGAGCAUCAACUGACAAGGAAGAACCAUAUGAGCUUGUCUAUGGUGCAACACAUAUUUAUGAAGAGGUUCUUGGACUGAAGUUUAGAAUUUCGCCUGAUGCUUUCUUCCAAGUGAACACUAAGGCAGCCGAGAUCCUGUACAGCCAACUUGCCGAGUGGUGUGACCUCACCCCCACAACAACUGUCCUGGAUAUAUGCUGUGGCACUGGGACGAUAGGUCUCACCCUGGCUAAGAGAGUGGAGAAGGUGAUCGGGGUGGAGAUGUGUCAGCAGGCCGUGGAAGAUGCUAAAGAAAAUGCAAAGUUAAAUGGUGUGACCAAUGUGAGGUACUACUGCGGCAAGGCAGAAGACGUUAUCAGCCACAUGACAUCAUCGUUGUGGUCUAAAGAUGUCGUAGCCAUUGUGGACCCACCAAGAGCUGGAUUACACAAGAAGGUAAUCAAGGCUCUGCGAGGGUGUCAGAAGCUGAAGAGGCUCAUCUAUGUCGCCUGCAAUGCCAAGUCAGCUAAAACAAACUUUUUUGAUCUCAUUCGCAAGGAGAGCAAGAAGCAUCGAGGUGGGGUCUUCCUGCCGGUCAAGGCCAUCCCUGUUGACCUCUUCCCCCAGACACCCCACUGUGAACUCAUCAUAGUAUUCGAGAGGGAUAUGGAGAACAGCAGCAGGACCGACCCACACACCACGAGGGAGACAGGAGCCGACACCGACACAAGUCAGUCUCAGUGUGUGCAAGACACUGCUUCGAGUCUGACCGAUAGUGCCAAAGAAACUGCUUUGAGUCCGACUGACAGUGUCAAAGACACUGCUUUGAGUUUGAUGGACAGUGUCAAAGACACUGCUUCAAGUGUGACUGACGAGGGUUCAGGAAAGGAUGGGGUUGUUACGGAAGGGGAUGGUAAACAGUGAUGAACUGAAGGAGGAGUUCAGGGGGGGUCGGGGGUCAAAUGGUUGAAGUAGGAAAGGGGAAAACAGGAUAUUUUAUUAUGUUCACAGAUAUGCCUUGUAAGAUGUUAUUCAUCUUUUGUAAUAAAUAUUCAAAGGUAAUUGUGACUUUUAUGGUACUAUGUUGGCUUAUUUUAUAAAAGUGUAAGGUGAAUUAUUUCUAAAUCAGUAAAUCAAGGAGAACAUGCAGACCAGUUUGGCCACUGUCAUUGGAACACCUUCAUUAAAAAUAUGAAAAGAUUUAGACAAUAUCGUUUGAUGCCCAGAUGAGGGUACUCAUAGCUCUGCAAAUCCUGCAAUAUAACCAAAAUCUGCACAGCAGUUUUGAUCUGACUAUGCAGAAAUUCCAGCCUUGGUCAGCAAGGAUGGAAACUGGACUUUUAAAGUCAGUUAACUCACAUGCCUCGGGAAGAUGACAAUGAACAUGAAAGA